AUGGACAAUGACAAAUACGACGAUAUUCGCAGGGGAUGCCGUUUCAACGAGAGCACGACAGCACGACAGCAAGACGUUAAGCGUGUCGAAUACCCAAAACAGCAAUUUGUGCUUGUCAACCUCGGCAACCUUCCGAUCCGAUAUGUCGAAAUAGCUGUCAGAGGCGGUAUCAUUGGCACGACGACAGCAUACUUCCUCACGCGGCACCCCUCCUUCAAUCCGUCCAUCCACCACAUCACGCUCCUCGAAGCAGCAACAAUAGCAGCCGGCGCAUCGGGGAAGGCUGGAGGCCUCCUCGCGCUAUGGGCAUAUCCCAUGUGUAUCGUCCCGCUGUCCUACCGUCUCCAUGCUGAGCUAGCAGGUGAACAUGGAGGCGCCGAGAGGUGGGGAUAUCGGCGCCUGGGCUGUGGGCAGCUGGCCGCGACGGUCAAGACCAAGGACCCAAAAACGAAGCUCAAUGGCUCCAGGCGCAGCAAGCUGAAAAACGAACGGCGGCGGAAGAGCAGUAGUAAUAUCGGCGCAGGGACUAUACCUUCGCAGCAGCAGCAACAGCAGAACGGGCAGUCGCCGAUACAGAAUGGGCCCGGGCAGCAGCUCGAGCACGAUCCACAGCCGCAGCAAAACGGGUAUGGACAGAAAGAGUGGCAAAAGCUGCCCAAGCAAGACGAAGCUGCCAGCUCGGUACUACACGAGUCCCUGCUGCCCGCGGACCUCGACUGGAUCAACAGCGACAUGGUAGGCGAAUAUGCAGAGAUGGGGCUGCCGGGCUACAUAGAAACCGCGCAAGUGCACCCCCUCCAGUUCACAACAGCCAUGGCCGAACUGGCGCGCUCAGGCGGAACGGAGACCCGGACGAACGCACAGGUGACCAAGAUCGGACUGAACGCAAGUGAGACAGCCGUCAGGAGCGUCGAGUACACUGACCGCGUUUGCGGUGAGACGCGGACGAUCCACGGCGUGACGGACGUAGUAUUAGCGGCCGGGCCUUGGACUGGCCGUCUGCUGCCGCGCUCGCGUGUCGAGGGUGUGCGUGCGCACAGCGUUGUGUUUGCUGCCGAGGUGAGCCCGUACGCCGUCUUCACCAACAUCACGUUGCCUGCAAACUUUCUUCCUGCGCAUCGAGCCGCGCGAGGUGAGCGCCGCCGCCGACACAAGAGUAACGUGGACCCAGAGAUAUACGCGCGACCUGGACGCGAAGUGUAUGCGUGUGGGGAGCUGGAUCCAGCUGCGCCCCUACCUGAGACGGCCGACCAGGUCGAAUGCGACGAGUCGCAGUGCGAUGACCUGGUCGCUUACAUUGGGACCGUUUCGCGCGUUCUGGGUGCCGCGACCGUCGCCGCGAAGCAGGCUUGCUACAUGCCAAGGCACAUGCGGCCCGGCCAGGAGAGCACGCCUCUCGUGGGCGGGACCUGCGUCGACGGCCUGUGGGUGGCCGCGGGCCAUACGUGCUGGGGGAUCCAGAACGGACCGGCGACGGGGAAGCUGAUGAGCGAGUUCAUCUUCGAGGGCGCGGCUCGGAGCGCCGAUGCUUCGGAGCUGGAUCCGCGGCAGUUCAAGAUAUGA